AUGAGAUUGCUAGGACUGUGGUGUCUACCAGCAGUAUUUUUACUAGUACAUGCGUCUGAAAGAGAAUUGGAUUGGUGGGAGAGUACAAUAUUUUACCAGAUUUAUCCCAGGUCUUUUAAGGACAGUGAUGGAGAUGGCAUAGGUGACUUAAAAGGCAUAACUUCGAAAUUAGAAUACUUAAAAGAGCUGGGCGUUGGUGCAACAUGGCUGUCACCUAUGUUCAAGUCACCAAUGUACGACUUUGGUUACGAUAUCGCUGAUUUUUAUGAUGUACAAGAGGAAUAUGGAACGAUGGCGGAUUUUGAAGAACUCCUUGCCAAAGCUAAAGAAUUGGAUAUUAAAAUCGUCUUGGACUUCGUCCCUAAUCACACAAGUAACGAAAGCAUGUGGUUUGAAGAAGCUUUAAAAGGCCACCAGAAGUAUUUUGAUUACUUUGUUUGGGAAGAUGGCGUAGAAGACGAAAAUGGUGUCUUACAACCACCUAAUAAUUGGAAUAGUGUAUUCCGUAAGAGUGCGUGGGAAUACAGGGAAGAAGUAGGAAAAUAUUAUUUACAUCAAUUUGUUAUCGGCCAACCGGACUUGAACUACCGCAACCCUGAUGUAGUUGAAGAAAUGAAAAACGUUUUACGAUUUUGGUUUGAUAAAGGCGUAGCUGGUUUUAGAGUAGAUGCGAUCGCUCAUUUAUUCGAAGUAGAUAAAGAGAAGUAUGGCGGAAAAUACCCUGAUGAGCCAAUUUCUGGCCAAGAUCUCGAUGAUCCACUCAGCUAUAACUAUUUAAACCAUAUCUAUACAAAGGACCAAGAAGAAACAUUCGAUAUGGUGUACCAAUGGAGGGAAGUUUUCGAUGAAUUCAAAGAAAAAGAUGGUCUCACUCGAGUCAUGAUGACAGAAGCGUACUCAUCACCCCAAGUAACAAUGAAAUAUUUCGGUGAUGAACAACAAAAUGGCGCUCAAAUGCCUUUUAAUUUUGUUCUUAUAUCUGAUUUUAACGGCCAAUCUUCAGCUGGAGAAAUUAAAUAUGCUAUAGAUAAAUUUUUGACAUUUAAACCAAUUGACAAGUUAGCUAAUUGGGUGGCUGGAAAUCAUGAUAACAGCAGAGUAGCAUCAAGAUUCGGACCUAAGCUAGUUGAUGGAAUGAAUAUGCUAGUUCUUUUACUUCCUGGCGUAGCUGUUACUUACAUGGGCGAAGAGAUUGGUAUGGUAGAUGGUUAUGUAAGCUGGGAAGACACGGUUGAUCCUAGCGGAUGUAACACAGAUGAUCCUAUUAACUACUGGAAAUCUUCACGGGAUCCAGAGCGUACUCCUUUCCAAUGGAAUAAUGAUAAAAAUGCAGGUUUCUCCACCGCUGAAAAAACUUGGUUACCUGUAGCUGAAGGUUACGAGCAAUUGAACACUGAGAUUCAAUUGAACAGUGAAGGCAGAUCUCACAUCAAAAUUUACAAGGGUUUAGCGAAACUUCGGACCGAACCUGCUUUUAGAUAUGGUCGUUAUGAAUCCGUUGCAUUCAACACAGAUGUAUUCGCAUUUAGAAGGUGGUACGAUGGUGAUGUAUACAUAGUUGUAGUAAACUUCAGAGACGAGCCUCAUACUAUAGAUUUCACCUACUUCGAAGGUGUUAAUGGCCAUUUGGAAGUUGUAGUUUGCAGUUUGGAGUCUUCGAGACGGAGGGGAGAUGUUGUCGAAGCAAACAACGCCAAGAUUUCGGAAAGCGAAUCUAUAGUACUAAAGUUGGUACAGUAG